GAAAGAAGGAACCACCGCACUUCCUGAUUCAUGCAGAGGCGAAAUUAGGAUAAAAAUAUCAAAAAGCACCGCACACAUGAUGAGCUGCAUCGCUGUUCGUUCAUGUACCGCCAUCAAAUGAAAAAUAAAGACAUAGGACCUGCACCGGAAGACGUUUUAUGAGAAGAAACGCCAGGUGCAGCCAUGCCUGUGUCCCUGCUGUGGGCCGUGGAUGUGUAUGGGCGGGUCUACAGCCUGUCCACAGUGGGGCAGCAGUGGGAGCAGUGCCGCGAUGCUCAGAUGGAGUUCAAGCGGGUGACGGCAGCCCAGCAGUGCUGCUGGGGCAUCGCCUGCGACAACGGCAUCUACCUAAAAGUCCACGCCUCUGACCUGCCCAUCCGCUACCAAGAAGAAACCUACGAGAAUCAACGUUGGAAUCCUGUCGACGGUUUCUCGGACCGUUUGCUGCCAAGCGACCGCUGGCAGUGGAGUGAUGUCACGGGUCUGCAACACCAACAUCUGGACAGCUUCCAGCUCCCCUCCAGCAGCUGGGAGUGGGAAGGUGACUGGUAUUCGGAUGAAAAUUUUGAGGGAGAGCCCACAGAGAAAGCGGGGUGGACUUACAGCAUUGAUUUCCCUGCCAACUACACUAAAGACAAGAAGUGGAACUCCUGCGUCCGUCGCAGGAGAUGGCUCCGUUACAGGAGGUACAGAGCCAUGGACACCUGGGCAAAGAUCCCUUCACAGCAGACGACUCUGCCGGAUCCCUUCAACGACAUCAGCUGCGGCGGCUGGGAGAUCAGCGAGGAGCCCCGGGGCUCCCUGUCCCUGUGGGCUGUGUCUUUGCAGGGCAAGGUCUGGUUCAGAGAGGGGAUCUGUCACCACAAUCCCGAGGGCUCUUCGUGGGAGGACGUGCCUCUCCCCGCAGAGGUGGUCCAGAUAAGCUGUGGCCCGGGGGACCUGGUGUGGGCCGUGCUGUGGGAGGGCCAGAUGAUCGUCCGGGAGGGCAUCGGUCGUGAUUGCCCCAAAGGUACGUCGUGGGCAGUGGUGGAGUGUCCAAACCCGGAGGUGGGAGCGAUACACGUAACCGUGGGAACCAACGUUGUCUGGGCUGUGACCAAAGACAAUAAAGUGUGGUUCAGGCGUGGCGUGAACUCCCACAACCCCUGUGGUUCUGGCUGGAUCAGCAUGGUGGGAGAAAUGAUCAUGAUCAACGUAGGACUGAACGACCAGGUGUGGGCUAUUGGCUGUGAGGAUCGAGCGCUGUACUUCAGGCAGGGAGUAACCUCCAGUGAACUGAGCGGUAAAACCUGGAAGGCUGUCACCGUUCCCCGAGACGGAGACCGAUCCCACUCCAGCGCCAGCGCUAACAGCCUGCAGAGUGCUGGAUGUUUCUUCUCUGGUGAGGUGCGUGCUCAGUCAGUAGCGAGUGAUGUGGAAUCAGACGUAGAGAAAGGAUCUGCAGAUGGAGCCGACAUCUCCACCAUGUCUAACGCCCCCACAGAUCCCGAGUCUGAUGUGCCUGUUGACACCCCUAAACCCCGCAUCCCCAAGGUCACCAGCGACAGCUUCAUCUCUCAACUCGUCUCUGAUAGAGAACCGGGAAAGACUUUAAAAGACGUUGGAUCGGCCACUCCUGCUGUCCUGGAAGAGGAGGUCGUCCUUGGAGAUGGAGAGGAAAUAAAUCUUUGUGCCGCUGCAGCUCUCUCCCCCGGCAAGUCCGGCGGUGCCGCUGAUCCUCAGUGGACUAACGUAGACCUUGAGGAGGCGCAGAUCCAGCAGGCUCAGACCGGAGCAGGGUUGGACUCAGCUGACACCUGCAGCCUGUCUUCAGUGGCCACGUACACCCUCGCCAUGGAGGACCCGUACGGGGCGGACGAGCACCCGCUGUGGGCCUGGGUCAGCGGAGGAGCUUGUUCUGUGGACUGCUACUCCCAACUCAACUGGUUUAACAGCUCCAUGAACACUUCAUCUUUGCUGCAGUCAGUCCGGUCCAUGAGUCUGUCAGUCACCCCUGCACAGACGGCAGCUUGGCGGAAACAAAUCUUUGAGCAACUGAAUGAAAGAAGCAAGAGAGAAAUGGAGGAUUUUAGACAUUAUGAGCAAGCCAUAGAGCAGUCGGUGUGGGUGAAGAAGGGGACCAUGCAGUGGUGGAGAGACUGGAAGCCGUACAAGUGGAUCGAUGUUCAUUUUGCCUUGGAGCAGUUCUCAGGAUCAGAUGGCAACAAAGACGGGAUCUUAUUCAUCUAUUACAAUUAUUAUGAGGAGAAAAAGUACCUGCACGCCUUUGUCAAUGAAGUGACCAUCCUGGUUCCGGUGCUUAAUGAAGCCAAGCACACUUUUGCCAUCUACACACCCGAGCGGACCAAACAGAGGUGGCCGAUCAGAUUGGCAGCUCCCACAGAGCUGGAAAUGCAUGACUGGCUGGCCUUGUUAAGCAUGUCGUGCUGUGACUCCAGGGGACUCCACGGUGCUCCCUCCAAACAGGUCAUCUGGUCCAUCACCUGUAAAGGAGAUAUCUUCAUCAGUGAGCCCUCCCCUGCCCUGGAGGCCAUGCCUUACCCCACACCCUGCGACCAGAUGUUCUGGCGGCAGGUUGGGGGCCACCUGCGCUCAGUGGAGUGUAACAGUGCUGGGAUCGUGUGGGGGAUUGGCUACGACCACACCGCCUGGAUCUACACCGGUGGAUACGGGGGAAGCUUCUUCCAGGGACUGGCUAGCAGCACGGAUAACAUCUACACGCAGACGGAUGUCAAGAGUGUCUACAUCUAUGAGAACCAGAGGUGGAAUCCAGUCACCGGUUACACGAACAGAGGUCUUCCAACCGACCGCUACAUGUGGAGCGAUGCAUCAGGACUGCAUGAGUGCACAAAGACGAAUACAAAACCUCCUCCUCAGUGGACUUGGGUGUCUGACUGGGCUGUCGACUACAGCGUCUCCGGGGGUACGGACAGGGAGGGCUGGCAGUUCGCAGCUGAUUUUCCAGCGUCAUAUCAUGGGUAUAAAACGAUGAAGGACUUUGUGCGUCGCAGGCGAUGGGCCAGGAAGUGUAAAUUGACCACUACAGGACCUUGGCAAGAAAUUCCACCCAUCACUCUGAGUGAUGUGACCAUCCUGCCGUGUGCAGCUCAGAGCAGCGUGGACGCCGUUCCUCUGUGGGCCAUCAGCAACAAGGGAGAUGUGCUCUGCCGACUGGGAGUCACCGCACUGACACCUGCCGGAUCCUCGUGGCUCCACGUGGGAACAGACCAGCCGUUCAAAUCCAUCUCCAUCGGGGCAGCCAGCCAGGUUUGGGCCAUCGCCAAAGAUGGCUCUGCCUUCUACAGGGGCUCUGUCACACCUCAGAGCCCAGCAGGAGACUGUUGGUACCACAUCCCGUCUCCAGCCAAACAAAAGCUGAAGCAGGUGUCUGUUGGGAGGACGUCGGUCUAUUCUGUAGAUGAAAACGGCAACCUGUGGUACAGACAGGGAGUGACUCCCAGCUACCCCCAGGGCUCUUCCUGGGAGCACAUCUCCAACAAUGUGCGCAAAGUCUCUGUCGGGCCCCUGGAUCAGGUUUGGAUCAUAGCAGAUAAGGUUCAGGGCAGCCACAGUUUGAGCUGCGGGACCGUGUGCCAUCGACUCGGAGUCCAACCUCUGGAACCCAAGGGAGCAUCCUGGGACUAUGGCAUUGGGGGGGGAUGGGACCACAUCACAGUGAGAGGAAACUCCAUGGAGCCGCCCCGCAUCCGUCUCUCCACCCUGAAGGACGCAUCUGCCCCGGGGCCUCACAGCCCUGGCCCCGUCAGGGGCCCGGAGCUCAAUGGCACUGCUGUCGGCUGUUAGACACAAAAAGAGCACGUAGCCAUCCAAAACCAGUCCACUUUUUAGUGCAUUGUUUGUUUCAAACCACUUUUAGUUUCAACACUGAUUUAUGAGUUUCAUUAGCCGAGCCAGCGUUACAGAACAUUUUUAACUGAUAUCCAGAAUUGAAUUUAUGUCUUGUUCUCAGAGAUCGUGUUUUUCAUCUUGCAAGUUGUUCAUCUAUAAAUGGGCAUUUUUGUAUAUAUGUUUUUUUCCAAGGUGUGAAUUUUAACUUGAUGUUUGUGGUUUUUGUUUAUAGAGCUUUACAUAUUGGUUCAAGAUAGUUGUAGAAGAGUCCUGUUUUUUAAAAUACAGUAUAUAUUUUAUUUUUGGAAAGGGUAAAAGAUCAUUCUUCAUAGAUGUUGCCUACUUGCAUGCGACAGAUUAGCACGCUGGAAAAGAGUGAAGGUUUUAUUCGUGGUUUUUCUGGCAGUUGCCUCCGAUUUCCGAUCACCUGCCUCUGAACUGCAUACACCUUGACAGCAGAGAAAUUCCUGGAUACAACACCCGUUCCCAUUUUGAAUGUGGUUGUUCCAGCACCAGAUCAGAGCCUUUGUCAGAUCUAGAAGCGGUUAUUUGCAUUUCACGCAACUGUGGAGCAAGCUAUUAUCAAGCUAAAGUUGGUCCAGAGCUGCCAGCUUUGAAAACGUGUUCACACAGUGCAAGAGUUGCUAAAUGGUGACUAGGUACUUGAAACACAAAACGGCACAGAAUAAGGAAAGUGGGAUUAAACUCUUUUCCUUCCAAAUGGUCUUUACAGACUCCUAAAAUGUACUGUUCCUACAAAAUGCACUCACAGUUACAGCGAGUGUACUUUUGGUAAAUGCUGUGUCAGCGUUUGGCCUCUGCUGACAAACUGCAUGUUUCUCAAGUUUGUUGCGGUCAUUAGGCUCCACGCCGUGUGAGGUUUAAGUUUGGGUCGACAAAAGACAACUCAGCCAGAGAUUUUUAAAGAUUCAUCAAUAUCAUUAUGAGUUAAAUCACCAGCUGAUGCUAAAAUAAAACUAAAAGUGUUUCAUCCAUUGACUUCACCAGAGCUUUGGGCAUCUUUUCUGGUGUUGAUUGCGUGUGUGUUUCACAAAGACUGUACAUCGUUAUUUUCAUGGAGCAUGUGCAAUUUUCUGUUGGAGAGAAGAAAAGAGGCCUUUACUUGUAAAAGUCUUGUGGCUGAAAUGCUGAAAGUGAACGUUCCUCUUUCUCACAGGAGUAUUUGAAUUUUGCAUGCUGUCGACUUCCUUCGGCCAGAUCGUGGUAGUAUGACUGAGCAGUAAAAGAAUAAAAACGACUAUAUUUUUGUUAUAAAUCUGUUAAUAUCAUAUAACACUGGUGGUAACACCGAUGACUUGGACCAUUUCAGACAUUUAGUUUAUUAAAAGUGCAGCUGUAUAACGAAUUACUGUCUCAAAUCUGCAGGAAAGUUUGAAAAAGUUGCUCGUGUACAGACAUCAUGCGUGUAGUAUCUGAGUCAUGAAGAUCACACCGUUACUGUGAUGGCCAUGCGUAACUGGGUACAUGAUCACACACGUAUACAUCAAAGAAACAGUCUGUGUCAAUAAAUAUAUUUGUUUAUUGAUAACUGCA